AUGCCGUUAUAUAGUUUAAUAUGUACAUACGUCGGUUUAGACAUUAACAGCAUUAUAUUGAGAGGAACAGGACAUUCCUACUCCUUGUUACCUGGUGUGGAGUACGUGGUUGGUCGCAAGAACUGCCCCAUAUUACUCCAGAAUGACCAGUCCAUCAGCCGGCUUCAUGCAGUUGUCUCCGUGAGCAGUGCAACCUCCAGUCAGAGUCAGUCGUUUACAUUACCCACAUUAACUGUAAAGGAUACUUCUAAAUAUGGCACAUAUGUGAAUGAUGAGCGUCUAUCAUGUGACACACCAAAGGUUUUACAGCCUGGAGACAGAGUGACAUUCGGAGUCUUCCACAGCAAGUUCAAAGUGGAGAAUGAACCCAUGGUCGUCUGCUCGUCUUGUUUGGACAGUGAGGGGAAGGCAGCUCUGAGUCAGUCUGUACAGCUGCUUGGAGGUCGUGUGGUCCACAGCUGGUCACAGGAGUGCACUCAUCUGGUCAUGCCCUCUGUUAAAGUCACCAUCAAGACAAUCUGUGCGUUGCUUUGUUGCCGACCGAUCGUGACUCCUGAGUAUUUCCGCGAGCUCAGGAAAGCAGUCCAGCUCAGGCAGCAGCCACCUGAACCUGCAGGUUUUUACCCCCCUAUUGAAGAGCCCAGCAUAAGCCCAGAAGAGCUGGAUCUCAGUGCAAGGCCAAACCGUAAAACUCUGUUCCAGGACAAAAUCUUUGUAUUCUUAAAUGUCAAGCAGCACAAGAGGCUCGGUUCUGCUGUGGCCUUUGGGGGAGGCCAGGCCAGACUGCUUGAGGAGGGAGCCGUGCCCUUGCCUCUGCUGGCCUCAGCGGGAACUUGUGUUAUUGAAGUGGGGGAGGCAAACUCUCAGGUGGAGGAGUCCCCAUUUGCAAAGAAGUGGAUGGAUUCUAUUGCACGUAUUCUGCAGAGGAAUGGACUUCGGUUCAUUUCUGAGGCAGAGAUUGGACUUGCUGCCGUCUAUGUCGCCACAAACAUGUACUGCAAUCCAGCAUCCAGGAUCAGUUCAGAAGCCGCCGUUACGGUGAAACCAGCCCUUCCCAGUGCGACUCAGAGCGUGGCGGUGGACGAGACCGUCAUGUCUGCCGGCACGUUGAACAUCACGGCCUACGCUCAGGACACCGGGCCCUCUCAAACCUGUGCCAGAAUGGACACAAGUGGCGAAGGCCUGGUGACGGAGACGCCGGAGAAGCAGCAGAGGGGCGAGAGGUCGUCGUGGGAACGUGCUGCGGUGAAGGAGGCCUCGGGCACUUGCACUGUUGCAGAGUCUGUGCUGGCGGACUGGGAGAAUGAGGGGGGUCAGGCCAGGUAUCCCCCUGAUCCGUCCAGAGCCACAGUCGAUAAUCACCUGACCCCAAACAAGACUCCUUCGGCCAGCGGGAGCAGAGCCGAUUCUUCACAGUCGCAGGCCAGGCCCCUAACCCUGAGUAAGAAGAGGGAUCGCGACAAUGAUCCGACCCCAGGCUUGCCUCAAGCCAAACAAGUCAGGCUGACUGGCGCAGAGCACAAAGCAUCAGGAUCCUCUGUCCCUCAGCGGAGUGACCCUGUAAAAAACCACCCGCCGAGUCCGGCGCCGUCUGAAUCCUUCCUCACGAAGCGCCAAUCAGCGGAGGAGACCCAGGUCAUGACAGAUUGUGGUGCGGGGACGUCCAAGGACUCUGAGCUGGCCCGCGGAUCUGGCGAUGCCAACCAGAAGUCAACAUCUAGAAAGAGGAAAGACAUGACCCCUGAUUGUGCUGGAUCCGAUGCUGUUAUUUCAGAAGCAGAGAUGGAAGAGUUGGCGUCGAUCAUGUCCGAACCCAUGGAUGAGGGCCAAGAUUUCUCAGUGAAUGCCAGCAAGAAACAAAAACUAGAGCCUGCAGUAAAAGUCAAGCAGGAAGAAUUAAGUGUUGAAGAAAACAACAAUAAGUCGGAGGUCUUGAAGCCAGUUUCCCAGGAACCAGUGGAGCAGGAAAGGGACAUCAAAUACAAGAUCUCCGCUCUAAAGAAACAAACUGAUGAAUCUAGAGUAAUUAAAAGUGAAGAGACUCAGGACUUUCCACGCAACCUCAUUGUGACUGAGUUUAAGUCCCUUCUCGUCAUCAGACCGACAAGAGCAACUGCAGACCUGCCACAGUCAAGCAAUGUGAACGGAAAGAACUUUAAGAAGUUCAGAAAGGUGGCUUUUCCUGGAACUGCAGGCCUUCCCAAAAUUAUUGGGGGGUCAGACCUCGUACCUCAUCAGACAAAGAACUCCGAACUAGAAGAAUGGUUCAGGCAGGAGGUUGUGGCAAAAAGCCAGUAUGAAAAAGAAGACUCGAUUGCAGAUGAUAUCUUCAGGUAUGAACCCAAAAUCUCAAAAAGAAAGUGAAGAAGAAAAACUGAGUUUUCUUUUCAGAACAUGAGGUUAUUCUUUACUUUUAUCCAUUCCUUGUCUUAGAACUUGUCUCAUAGCAUUAUUUUAUUGCAGUAGUUUCCACUGUUUUUUGUCCUGCUCCUCUUCAGAGUGCUUUCAAGGUAUUUUGUUCUGAAAGAAAGUUUUUCAAUGUUAAAUAAACAGAUUUCAGGAUUUAAUUGGAAUAUGUUUGAUGUAAUACUGUAAAAAUACUUGGUAAAGUUUAAAAUAUCAUUAAGGAAACAUACUGUACAAUAGUUUAACUGCCUGUGCCCGUUAAUAGCACUAAAGUUCGGCAUAGAGGUGUAAAAUGUAGCUCUGAACCCAACUUUUCAAUGCUUGAGUACUAGCAGCACUGCAUUGUGAAAUACUGUAAGAACAGUUAAAUAUAUUCAGUGGAAUUUCAGUAUUGACUCGUUAGCUCUAUAGGUGUCUCAAUUUUAAAAUUUUGUCUCCAAGACUGAUGAUAAUACAAGUGUUUUUCAGUCACAGAGUGAUUGUACGCACAGGCAAUGUUUUCCUUUUUUUAAGUGUGACACAUGCCUGUUGUUAUUGUAGUUAGUUUGGAAAGGUCUGUGAUGUUACUUGUUAAAAUCACGCAGAAUGUGACAGGAGAUGCAUAAAAGCCACUAGGAUAUUCUCAGAUUCACAAAGGAUAGUCAAGUGGUACACAGUUACCGAAGUGAAUGUGAAAAUUCUUCUUUUAUACUCUGCAGUAAAAAAUUAAAAAGAGUUUUGUGUUAACGGGAGAUGUAAUAGGCAAGUCUUUAGCUAAAACACUUA